AUGGCGGCGUGGGUCCCGGCCGCGGCGGCGCCUGUGCUCCGCGGGAUCCGCGGGCCACCGCCAUCCAGUCAAAGCCGACUCAAAGCAAUCCUACAGGACAGGAUAGAACUGGCCCCUGUCGGUUUCCAAGACAGCAACCAUUUACAGGAGCAGCAAACCCCAUCGUCCUCCGAGGAGCGGCUGGUGGUUUCGAACGGCCGACUGGUUAGCAGCCACCUUUGCCUUGCGAGAGCGAGCUUGGGGCGGAGGCAGCCUGCCAGGGCGGAUUUGCAGUUGCUUGUGAGCAGGGGGCUUUGGAUUCCGCGGGGCCUCCCAGGCCAGGCGGACCGUGCGGAGCUUCGCUGUGCGUGUGUUCCAGGGGGCUGCGGGGCCAUGUACGAGGUCCACAUCGAGUCCGAAGACUUCAAGGCGAAGAGGCCUGUGCAGCAGCACCAGAUGGUUAACCAGGCCCUGAAGGAAGAAAUCAAAGGCAUGCACGGACUGCGCAUCUUCACCUCCGUCCCCAAACGCUGAGCCACAGACGCCUGCUGCAGCCUCCCACCAGAGACCCUGGGUGACCGUGACUCACCACCAGGCUCCCCCACACACUGGCCCAAAACUUGACCUGUUUUGUUCAUAGCCAAUUCCAAGUUAUCACUCUAGAGAGAGAUGUUACCUACUUCGAUGUCCGUGAAAGGCACCAGGCAUGGAAGCUGAGAAGGUGAUGGGGACUGCUUCCAGGGCCUUCUGCCAGAGGCGGACGGAGUGCCAGCUUCUGUGUCUCAUGAAGACACAUUCUUUACAUAGCUGUAUCUAUAGGUACAUAUAAUAAAUACAUUUAUAUAUA